AUGCAUUCAUUAUCAACAUCAGCGGUGUCUCUUCAUAGUUAUGUUGGAUCUAAUACUAAUGAAAAGAAAUUAUCAAAAACAUCUGAUAAAAAAGUUUCUAUUAUUUAUUUUCUUGCAUUGUUUUAUACAUUUCUAUCGUUGGGAUUCGGUUCUGGCCUUAUUGGGCCAACAUUACUUAAAUUCGGUGAACAAAUAAACUCUCCAUUGGAUCGAGUUGUUUAUAUAUUAUUUACACGUUCAUUUGGAUUUUUAGUUGGUACUUUAGCCAGUGGAUUUCUUAUUGAUGCUUUUCCUCUAUUGGGUCGAACGUUUUUAGCAUGUUCACUUUUUUUCAUGUCUGCAGCAACAGUAAUCAUUCCAUUUAUGUAUCAUAUUAUACCAAUGAUUAUUGUACAUUUAAUGUGGAGUUUAACAGCUGGUGUAGUUGAUAAUCUUUCUCAACUUUUAACUAUACGUUAUUAUGCACAAGUAAAUGUUAAUCCAUAUUUACAAGCACUUCAUGGUGCAUUUGGUGUUGGAGCUUUUCUUUCGCCGUUAAUUAUCGCACCAUUUCUUCAAGAUGCAAGUCCACUUGAUCAAUGGCAUUAUGCUUAUUGGUUAAUCGGAUGUUUACAAAUACCGAAUCUAGUUUGGAUUUCAAUCUAUGCUAUACGUGAUGAAUUAUGUUCAAAAAAACACAAAGAAAUUACUUUAGAAAAUAAAGAAGCCACUUUUGAAGAUAGAAAAUUAGAAACAACGAUUGUACCCGAUGAUCAAACGAAAUCAUCUGGAAAAAAACUUUUUCUAGCUUUAAUGACAAUAUUUAUUCUCUUGUAUGUUGGUGGAGAAUCAGCUUUCGGAGCUUAUAUACAUACUUACGCAAGUUUACAUUUAAAUUUUAAAAAAGAUAUAGCUGCAUAUCUUAAUUCUGUAUUUUGGGCUUCAUUUACCCUCAGUCGAUUUUGUGGUGUAGUACUGUCAAUCAAACUCUCUCCAAUACAAAUGCUUAUGACAGAUUUAAUUGGUUGCAUUGGUUCCAUGUCAUUAUUAUUAAUUUUAAAUAAAUCAUCAUUGAUACUUUGGAUUGGUUCUGUUUUAUUCGGAUUAUCGGUUGGAUCAAUCUAUCCAUCGGCUAUUGCUUUUACUGAAAAACAAAUAUCUUUAACAGGCAGACGAAUAUCAAUUUUGGCUGUUGGAGGUUCAGCUGGCGAUGCAGUAAUUCCACUAUUAAUUGGUUAUAUGAUCAAUCCAAAAUUAUUAGGACCUAUAGGCUUUAUUUUAAUUUUAUUAAUAGUAAUUAUUUCAGCUUCACUGCUUUAUGGAUUUACGCUGUUAUAUGUUAACUUUCAGUUUAAGAAAAUGAAAAAUACUGAGAAAUAA